AUGCGGAAGCAUCAGCGCACACGGAAGCACCGCCGCGCUCUGCGCGGACAGAGGAUAGCUGAGGCGGCGCUCAAAGCUAACUGCAGGAUUGACGACAACCCGAAGGUGAAAGACGUGGAGAAGGAGCGCCUGAUCGCGCGCUUUGAGACAGCACUCUUCAUCGCUAAGUCCGAUGCCCCGAUCAAGAUGUACGUGGACCUCGUCCGACAUCUGGCGCAGCGUGGCACACCGGGCUUCCCAAAGAGCAGUUAUGGUGCCUACUACACGACGGAAGCGCUAGCAGCAAAGGAGGCGGCUAAGGCACUACCAGAGCUUGGCAUAAUCGACGCGGUUAUUCGCUCAGUGGCAGAAGACCUCGGCAGAUCCAGCAACUCCAAUCUCAAGUUCAAGGAGCUGCAGGAAGUGUUCACUCAUACCAACCUCGAGGUCCAAGGGAUCCAUUCCGUCCGCUGGUUGAGUCGCGGCGACGCAAUCGCACGAUUCGUCCGCGUUCUGCCUGCUGUCAUCGUUAUGCUCGAGGAGACUGACGCGACGAUGUACCUCCUGGUGACAUCGUUCAAGUUUCAUUACUUCCUGUUCUUCUUAGCAGAUGUGCACACGGCACUCAACGCGCUCAACCUGCUAUUCCAGAAGCGUCAUGUUGAUCUCACUGCAGUGCACUCCCAGGUGAGGCGGACCAUCAUCUACAUCGAGCAGAGGUACUUGAACUGUGGCCAGCAGUUUGGCGGUGGGACCAGCGAGUUGCUGUCUGCAUUCCUCGAGCGGCACGCCUCGCCCGACUACUGUGAAGUGACUGUGGAGGGGGUGGACAAGGAGGGUCAGCCCCGGGUACACACGUUUCAGCUGCACGAGGAAGCAGUGAAGGGAUACACCACCAGCAGCGGGGACAUGCAAGGAUGUUACACCUGCUGCCGCUCAUUCGCCCGCGAGUUGGUGUACAACCUCGAGCUGCACUUGGGGGACCUGACGCGCUUGAACGGGGUGAAGCUCUUCAUGCCCCGCUCGUGGCCGAGGUGCGUCGAGGAAAGAGAUGCAGAGUGCAAGGAGCACCUGCACGGCCUCGUCCAUCUGUUUCAGGCCAAGAACCGGGACACGAUUUUGCCUGGUGUCCAGAAGCGUGCAGCACGAGUGGAGCUGCGCACGUUUCUGCCAGUGCUCUCCACUGCCCCCAAGGAAGAGCAGCCGUUUCACGCAGAGAAGGAGCGGGCCAAGGCCAAGUUUGUUAAGGGGAGUGGCCGCCGGGUGCUUCAGGUGGAGGAGGAGCUAGACGACGAGGGCAUGCAUGGUUCUGCAGGCGAUGACAGUGAGAGUGAUGACACCGGUAGCAGUGGUGAUGAUGCGAGCGUUUCUGAUGAUGACAUGACAUGA